AUGGAAGCAAUUCCACCUCUGCAUUCAGAACCCUCCAUGUACCUCGAAGACACGGAAGAGGUAGAAAAGACUUUCAACCGCUUCGACGCCAACGGCGACGGCAAGAUCUCCGCCGAAGAGUUCAGCGGCGUAAUGAAAGCCAUAACAGCGGACACCACCGCUGAGGAUGUCGGCCACAUGAUGAAGGAGAUGGAUACUGACAAGGACGGCUUCAUAAAUCUCCACGAGUUCGCCACCUUCUGUAAAGGCGAGACCAAUCCAUUCGCCUCUACUGGAGACGGCGGCGAGAAGGAGCUCAAGGAAGCUUUCGAGCUCUAUGAUCAGAAUCACAACGGCUUGAUUUCUGCUUCUGAGUUACACGCGAUGCUUACGCGUCUAGGUGAGCGUUGUACUGUUAAGGAUUGUGCCAGGAUGAUCAAGUCCGUUGACUCCGACGACGACGGUUACGUCAACUUUGCAGAAUUCAAGAAGAUGAUGACUAAUGAUAGGAACAACCAGCCACAGCCCAAUUAA